AACUGAUAAAUACGAUUCAAUUUCGGUAUCAUCAGUCAGUUCGAUUAGAAAUCGUCAUGUGGUCGAUUCCGGCACUUUUGGUAGUCUUCGUGGCAGGAUUGGCAACUGGACAAGCCUUCGAUUUUUCCAACUUUACUACAGAAGCUGCGUUGGCUAGUUUCAUCGAUGGCAUCUCAACCGGGUUAGCGGAUAUGGCGGGUGAUCUGAUUCAGACGGUAAUGGACAACGAAACCAUCGAUCAGGAAGUAACAUUUUGGUGCGGCCGUCGAGGAUAUUCGAGUCUUCAGCAGACGUUCGUAAAUGAUAACUCCAUUGCGAGUAAACUGGACCUUUCGAAACCCGUUGCCAUAAUCACCCAUGGUUGGUUGAGUUAUGCCAACGUUACGUGGGUGCAAGAAAUGGCCGGUAAUUACAGCAAGUACGUGGACAGUAACGUUUGCGCCGUGGAUUGGUCCAGAUAUGCCCGGUACGGUUAUGCGAUCGCGGCCAAGCGGAAUACCCGAUUGGUGGGGAACUAUUUGACCUUGUUCAUGCAAUUUUUGACACGAAAUGGGAUAACUCCGUCCAAGAUGACCUUGAUUGGUCACAGCUUGGGUGCCCAUGUCUCGGCGUACGCUUGCAAAAAUUUUAGUGGUCAGGUGAAGGAGCUGUAUGGACUAGACGCAGCUGGACCACUUUUCACUCAACCAAUUGACGUUGGGACGAAAAAUAGGAUCGCAUCCACCGAUGCUGGCUAUGUUCAGCUCAUUUACACGACCCGUUACCUGUUGGGAGUCGGAGAUCCUAUUGGACAAGCUAAUUUCUUCCCAAAUGGAGGAUACCAUCCUCAGCCUUCAUGUCUGCUUCCAAUGUUGACGUAUGCCGAUACGUAUGUGCCAAUAGCCUGCAGUCACUCCCAUGCGCAUCAACUGUUCACGCUGUCGUUGAAUCCGGCCUUCAUGUACAAGGCAAAAAAGUGUGGUACAUAUCCUUCCUACUUGUUGGGAUUGUGCCUGUUCAACUCCAACGAUGUUCUGGGAAUCUACUCAAAAAAGUUACUCGGAAACUUCUAUUUUGACCAGAAAUUGUUGUAUCCAUUUGUAUGAAAUAAUUUUUAUAAUCAAGCACAUUUGUGGAGAAUAUUUUUCUAAAUUGAAUUCAAUGAUUUCAAAAUGUUCUUCUCUAUUUUGCAUGCAUGAAUAAUAAUGCGUUUUAAGCUUC